GGGUGCGAAAAUGGCGGGAGUGGGAUUUCUCUCCUUUUCCAGCGCCGCGGUGGCGCUUUCUCCGUCGUCCUUGCGAUCUUUUUCUCGUCCGACCGGAAUGGCCUCGAUCCAGAGCGUGGGAUUUUAGUCGUUAGGCAUUUGAGCUUCAGAGGUGAUUUAGUCGAGUGGAGCCACCGACGUUGGAUGAACGAUAUGUCUUUCCAUUUAUUGUCCUCUUCAACUCCACAAACACACCUUCGAGAGUUUGUUUUUAAGUUCCAGAAGGCAGAGUCUGACCUGGAUUAUAUCGAGCACAAACUAGAGUUUGAAAUAGUGAAAAAUCUUCCUCGCAACGCGCCGGCACAGGAAAAUCCAGUAAAACUGCUGGAGCAGUUGAGGGUAAUAAAAUCUCGUUACCGCGAGUUAUCUGUGGAGGCAGAUCAGAUUGCCCGUGAACAAAAAGAGGCUGUGGAUUUUAUCCGUUCGCAACUUGCUACCACGUUUCAGUUAGUGCAGAAACUGCAAGAGCAGAGUGACCUCGAGUUUUGUCCACUCACUGACGAUGAGCAAUGGGCUUUGGAGAAGGUUCUGAAAUCUGAGGUAUUAACUGGAGCAGGUCCUCGUGAGGAACCUUGUGCAGGAUCUCUGGAAUCACAGCAAGUGAAAGUUGAGUUUGAACCAGUCACUGAGAAGAUGUUCAUGUCUGUACCGCAAAGCGUGAGGCAAACUGUGAAACUUGCUGAGUUGAACAUGUUUUAUCAGCAUCUGUUUGAUCAUUUCAUAAGCAACAAAAAUAGUUCUGCGCUGAGUGUGAUGCAGAUGAACAAGCUCAACAUGAAAGCAACUGAACCAAAGUUAAAAACAUUAAAAGCUCUUGAAAUCCUUCAACUAGACAAAAAAGGAAGAGUCCGGCUUUCCACUAAACACUCAUAAAUGCUGACCGGGUUCUCUCACUUGGACCUUGCAUAAAUUAGAGAGGAGUGUAACAUCCUUUUGCUCACUGUCUCGUUUGGAGAUCUUUGAACCUUAAGAUCAUUGGAUUGUUAAUUGAAAAUGAGCAUGAAACCAUCUGGAAACUGCAACAGUUGAAGUUCUUUAACAUGAGGUCUAGCGUACUGUUUUCAGUUGUAACCUUUGCUGUGCAUCAGGAGCUGGUGGUCUUCCUAAAGUGCUGGACUCAAUUGUUAAGACAGAGACCACGUCAAGUGAUCACUUUAAUCGGCAACGGAAUCAAAUGCCAUAUUUUCUUCGCUUUUCAAUGCUGUUGGUUCUGGACUUUUUGUUUUACAAUAAGAGCAACUGAUCAAUGGAGAUGGGUAACUUUACCUUUUGGUUGUGUUAAAUCACCUAAAAUGGUUGCAACAUAAAAGUGGUGGAUUUGCACUUAGCGAGUGUUCCCCCUGUCCACCCCAAACAAAGUCGAAUAAGUUCUAUCUAAGCUGGGGCGGUGGGGGGAUGCUCUAUGUUGGACAAUGAAAAUUCCAUCCGAGCAGCUGUUAUCUCAUUAGUCACCUCCAAAGUAUUUAUCUUGCCCCCUCUUGAAGUUGCCUGCCCCUUGCCCAUGGUUUUUUUUUGGGGGGGUGGGAAGUAGAUAUUGCACUUUUACUGAGAUUUGGUUGGUAAUUUGUGUGGAGGAGUAAAUUGGACAAUGUAUUGUCACUCCCUAGUUCAUAGAACCUUGUGUACACUCUAACUUUUGCUCAAGUCUUUGUUUGGUUGGUCUGCACAGAGCUGAAGGUGUGAAGUUAGGAGACUGAGUUGAAAUUAAAUUCUGUAUUUGACUAUCCUGAAGCCAACAGAGGAAACAGGCAAAGAUUUCACUCUGAAAAGAUUCUUUGUACUGAUCUAUCCUGCUGUUUUUGUAUAAUUACUUGAACAUUGGAUAAGCUAACUGGUCAAUUUUUGAUGUUCAAUAAAGUAAAUUAAGGUUGUUGUGGGUUUUCGUCCUUGCUUUUGUGGCCUUCGUUAAGGAUAGCUGCAGCAGUGAAUUGAAUAUUCGCCAUUUUGAAUUUGGCUACACAGUUUACUCCAAACGCAAGUUUAGUUAGAAAUCAGUGGUAAUGGUAAAGGCCUUACCAUUGCUCAUUGACCCAAUGUUACACCAUGUUUAUUUUUAGUCCCUACAGGAAGAGAGAAAACAAGUGAUGGUGAUGGGAUGUGGGUUUACGGCCACAAUUUAAUGUGGGAAUGAUUUCUUCUCUUGCACCUGGCCAACACUGGAGUUUUAGCACUUCGUUAAUGCAAUCUGUUCACACAGAUUCCAGUAAAAUCCCUGGUAUAAAAUUCAAAUUUCAUUUUAUCCUUUUUUUAAAUCUUGUAUUGCUGGUUUUUGUCUAUUAAACUGUGCGUCCUUA